AUGACUUAUUCUCAGAUGACGUAUAACACCGACAGUCAAGUAGGAGAUUCCGGUGCUUGUGCGACGGCUCUGCUUUGCGGCGUCAAAGGCAGAUUCGAAACCGUGGGUUUGGACGACGGAGGAAUCUACAACAGAUGUGACACUAGCUUCACAUCAAGGGUCUACUGCCUGGCUGACUGGGCACAAACUGAAGGAAAAUCAACAGGUUUAGUAACAACAACUAGAGUGACACAUGCAACCCCUGCAGCUAUGUACGCUCAUUCAGCAAACCGAUACUGGGAAAGCGAUGAUAAGCUUGCAAAAGACGUCGGAGACAGCAAAAGUGAUUGCAAAGAUAUUGCAAGACAACUGAUAGAAGAUAACCCAGGAAAGAAUUUUAACGUCAUUUUAGGCGGUGGUCGAAGGCAUUUUUUACCUCGUCGGGAACACGUGGACACAAAAAAUCAGGAGAACGACGGACGCAGAGAAGACGGACGCAAUCUGAUCGAAGAGUGGCAGAGAGACAAAAAAAGCCGUGGCUUGUCCUACAAGUACGUGUCUCGAAAAAGAGAACUGGACAAAGUGGACCCUGUUAAAGUGGAUUACUUGUUAGGUUUGUUUAAUUCUGGUCAUAUGGCGUACGAAUCAGAUCGAGACAAGGGAAUUGAUGGCGAGCCAUCGAUAGCAAAAAUGACAAGAAAAGCCAUUGAAAUUCUGAGGAAAAAUCCUCGUGGAUACUUUUUAAUGGUCGAAGGUGGACGAAUAGAUCAUUCGCAUCAUUUCAACAACGCUCAUAGAGCACUAGUUGACACUCUGGCAUUCGAAGAAGCAGUCAUAGCAGCUCUGGAGAUCACGCGAUCGGAUGAUACUUUGAUGGUCGUCACAUCUGACCACUCUCACGUAUUUGCCUUUGGAGGAUAUCCAAAACGAGGCAAUCCGAUUCUAG